AUGAAUUAUCAAAUCAUUGCAGAUGAUGUGGCGCAAGUUGGUUUAUCUGUCAGUAAUGAAUUCGAGAAUGUGGACAAUCCCGAUGACUCUGUGGUUUCGAAUGGCAGUGGUAUCGAUGCUUUGCCUGUGAAUGAGACUUUGGCGAAUACGACAAUCGCUGGCAGCCAUGGCAUCAGUUCAGAUCAAAUGAAAAUGGAGGACGAUGCAGACGAUGAUUUGGAUUUCGACUCUGAGCCACUGUUAAUUGGCGAGGGCAACAAAGCAAGAGGAGAAACGAGCAGCAAAACAGGCAGUGACAGUGAUGAAGGUGAAUGUGAUGAAGGAAGUGCAGCUGAGGAAAAGGGGAAACACAUCAAGAUAACC